CACUAAUAGAGCUGGUAUUGAAGGACAUUGUGGAUGGGGGGGUCAAAAUUUAAUAAUGGAGUAGUGAGAGGACUGCCAUAGAAGGUAAUGAAACUGUUUCUCGUUUAAUUCGACGAGAGCUACCGUCUUAAAUUUCUGUGCUCCACGUCGAACCAGACGGAUCGUGUUGACGACAACGCUGCUCCGGUAAGAUCAGAUCGAUUUCUUCUCCUCUCCGCCGCCGCCAUGGACGCCGAUGGCGAUUUCGAGCACGAAGGUCAAUUUGAACGCGUGAGAAAUGUGGCGAAAGAUGUUGAGGUGAAAGGGUUCAACCCUGGAUUAGUUGUCCUCCUCAUCGUCGGUGGUCUUGUAUUGGCAUUCCUUGUGGGGAACUACUUGCUCUAUAGGUAUGCGCAAAAGACUCUCCCCCCGAAGAAAAAGAAACCGGUUUCCAAGAAGAAGAUGAAGAAGGAAAGGCUGAGGCAAGGCGUCUCUGCACCUGGGGAAUAGAUUGAUCUUUAUAGCAGUGAAGUCCUUUCAAAUGUUGAGUUCAUGACUGGAAUGUCCAAGUCUUUCUGACAAGCUUUAUUCUUUUUUCCCCCAGAGAUGUUUUGCCUUCUAUUUAUGAACAUGUCCUCUAGUUGGUUGGUACCAGUAAGCUAAAAUUGAAUUUUCUUUUACUUGUUUGUGUUCUUAUGGCUAAAUUACCAG